GAAACAGUAAACAUUGCAAGUGACACGUCUCACAUUGUGGUUUGGGUUAUUUUACCUACAAUUUUAAACAAUAAAAACAAUAAAAAUGUCGUACAGAGAUAUUCGCAAUCUAAUAGAAACUCUUCGAGUAUUGGGUUAUCCGAAUUUAGUAUCCAUGGAAAGUUUUAGAUCAGCCAAUUUCCCAUUAGUAGCUGAUCUUCUAACGUGGCUAUCUAAAAGAUUUGAUCCCGAUGUAGAAAUUCCUCUGGAAAUUGAAGAUGAACAAGACAGAGUCAAAUUAAUAAGGAAUGUAGCAGAAUUUAUGGCAGUAAAAGGCAAUAUUCGUUUAAAUACUAAAAGACUUUACCAAGCCGAUGGAUACGCCAUUAAGGAACUUUUAAAAAUAACGAAAAUACUACAUGAAGCUCUGCUCAGUAACUUGGAACAAGGCGAUGAUGAAAACAUUGACGAUGUUACUCUAGAUUUAAGAGAUUUUGAUAUAUCGGAUAAGAUUAGUGAACUUAAAUUUUCAAGACAAUUAGCUGGAGAAAUAACCACAUCUGGAGCCAGUUUGUACGACUUGUUAGGAAAGGAAAUAGACUUAAAGAUUGCACGACAUAAAAGCAUCGCACGCCAAUUCGAGCUGUCAGAGGUAGAAGCCGGCAUAAAAGAAGCAAUAAAAUCGAUCAACCAAGAAAUUUUGGACACGAAGCAGCUCAUCGAAAAUGUUGCUGCUACAGAAGCCAGUCUUGAUACGAAAAUUGAGAAACGGAAUGUAGAAAUCGGCAGAUACGAGAAAAGACUACAAGCUUUGAAAAAAGUAAGACCAGCAUUUUUGGAAGAAUUUACUGCAUUAGAAAAAGAACUGGAAGAACUUUUCAUCCAAUAUUCUCUACGCCUUCGAUGCCUCAAUUUGUUGGAAAAGCAAUUCACGGAAUCCGAAAUGGCGCAAAUAGAAAAACAAGUAAAUUUGUCACUACCACAUAUACAAACAAUCCCGUUGGAGAAAAUGGACGAGGACGACAUUUUCUUAGAAAAGGCUGAUCCUGCCUUGGAGAGAAAUGGUGCUGGUAACAGACAUGAGAAGCAACCGCGUGCUACCACUACUACUCGACCUCACAAGACAACGCAAGAUAAAGAAUCCACCAAAGCAUACGGAAGCAUGCAACCUCCUCUAAUAGGCAGUCAGUCUUCGCUCGACUUCAGUUCUGACUCAGAAUCAGAUGAUAUAUUCUUGGACAAAGAUGAACCAGAGUUGAUGCAAUCCGACGAGUCUUUGGCUUUAGAAUUGGCUCCUACUGGAGAGCGUAGGGCGCCCUCUGGUAGACUGGCUAGUAGCAAACCACAGGACAGCGACGAUGACUUUUAAAAAUUGACAAUGUUUUUUUGUCAACUGACAAUAUGUUGUUCCUGUAGGGUACAGUUAAUGUGGUAGAUUGAUCUUAUCAACCAGAAUGUAUUUAUUAUUAUAUUUCAAUACAUAACAUGUAUGUAUAAUAUAUCAAUAAUAUGAUUGUAUUACACAAUUACUUUAAAAUAUUAAAAAUGGGAUAUUCUAUUUC